AUGACACCUCUAGACGGGUACAAUUCACCAUGCAUUGACGCCUCGCAAGUACAGAUGGAUAGCUACCAGCGCAAGAUCGGGUGCUUCAUUCACAUUCCCAAUGUAGGACGUGGUCAACUUAAAUACGUAGGUGCCGUGGAGGGCAAACCUGGUACUUUUGUAGGCGUGGAUCUGCUUGCGAAUAUUGGGAAAAACGACGGUUCUUUUCAAGGAAAACGAUAUUUCGAGACUGAAUACACCCAAAGCGGGCUCUUUAUACAGCUUCAAAAGGUGGCAGGGCUGAUAGACGCCGCGUCGUCGGGCAAUGGCUCAAGACGAACGACUUUCGGGGAAACAUAUGCGGGAGAAAACAAUUUCAGAGAUGGAAGCAUUGCGAAAUCCCCAACACCUAUGCGUCACGGCUCGAGGCACAGCUCGAACGCGCUCUCAGAUGUAAUGGAUGUGGAUGGUGAUGAGCGGCGUCAUAGAAGCUCAAGCUCGAAAGAAACGAGCCACAACAACGGUUUGGAGAUCAGGCUCCAACAGCAGACACAGGAGCUGAUACAAUGUAAAAAGCUUCUUAGCGACCAGAGAGCAGUAUUGGAAGAAAUACAUCCGGCAAUUGACGACUACGAGUCCAAGUUGCAGCGGAUGGAGACUCAAAUCGCUAGUUUGGAAGCGCAGCUGGCUAAGGAACGCGAAACGUUGACAAGACAGAAAGACUACUUUGAAACCGAACACGAGCAACUACUCUCGGUCGUCGAAGAGCUUCACACUGAAAUUCGAGAAAAUGAAAAACGAAUGCUAGAGCUGCACCAAGCUCCUGCACCUUCGCUGCCGACGGACUCGACGAUAGCCGAGCUGCAAGCAGAAAACGAUGCGCUGCGCGAAGAAAUGGAAGGGCUCAGGAACCAGACAUUGGAACAGGAUAAAGCCGCUGUGAAGUGGCAAAAAGAGCGUGACCAGUUGAAACUACAAAAUGAGUCCCUCAGUUCAGAGUACAAGUACGUUUCCCAAGAGCUGCAGGAGUCAUUAAGAAAACAGGAGCGGACUCAAGCUGCUCUUGCAAAAGAACAAGCACAGGCGCAUACGUCUAGUCUAGUCGCCACUCAAGAGCCUAACCCGCAGGUUGAAAAGUUGAAAUUACAGCUUGCCACGGCAAACGCUAAAAUCCGCGCUUUAGAGUCCGCAAAUUCUAGACCCAAUACACCAGCACUAACAAUGGCAUCUGACCACACAGAGCAAGAGCCCGAAGCUGACACCAAAGAGGAGCCCGACUCUUUGCCUCUAUACGUACCCAAGAAGGCAGACAGGGCUGCUGGGCGUCACAAAUGGUGUGCUUUAUGCGAAAGAGAUGGUCACAAUAGCGUCGAUUGUCCUUUCGAAAACGAACAACUCUUCUAG